GUCUCUUCAGCGAUUGAAGCUGCAACGGCUGUCUCCGGCCGAAAGGAGCGGAGGAGGAGCUCCAAGCCAAGUGUUGCUGUCACACUCACCAGGGCUCAGGCACAUGAGGCACCCAUGUGGACCCUGCCGAGCGUCCUGCACCCCUUUCUGGCACGCUGGCAUCACUUCAGCGUGUGCGACAAGAUCUGCACACCUGAGUUCGUGGCAGCUCUACGCCUCGUCGACCAGGACUUGCUGUGCCUCUGCCGCUGUCAGGGUGUCGGGCCGAAGGAAACGACACCAACUUUGCAGCUUUUGGCCAUGCUCCUGAAUUCGGAGCACUUGGGCUGCGUGUCCCCACCAGCGAAGCCAUCAGGGCCGCAAGCGCAGCAGGCCGGCUCUGCGGCUCGGACGUC